UGACGUCAUAAAACACGUUUCAAACAAAGGCUAAAGGAGUACUUAGAGCUUUGUCAGAUUUUUUGGAUAUACAUUGUACAUACAUAAUUUAUUUUUUUACUUUGUAAGAGAUAGAGUAGAUAGAGAGCCAGUGAUCAGUUACAUAGUUUUAAUUAUAGUUUUCUAUGUAAAGGAUAUUGUGAUACUAACGAUUGCGUUUGUGUAUUAAGUCUUGGACUUAUGAUAAUCGUAUUUGAAUUUGUAAUUUUAUAAUAUGAAUAAUCUGAAAUACCUAAAAUACGAUAAUAAUAAUUCUAAUUUUGUUUACUUUUCCUUUAAUUAUAAAUAGGUGUAAAAUAAAAAAUGAUGUGAAACAUUUAAUGUGCCAUUGUACUUGUAAUUUGAUGUUAAAUAAAUUUUUGUUUUGAAAAUAUCCAUGUCUCCAUUUCCAUCCAGUAGGUAAAAUUUUUAUCAAGUUAACGCAUUGGCGGAACCAGAAUAAUAUAAAAAAUCAUGUUUGACCAUAGACGAAAAUAUUUUUUUAAUGUUGUUACCAUAGCAACAGAAUAACAAACAACGCUCGAGCUGCGGUGACAAUAAAAUAUUUAUAAUGUUUAGAAAGGUAAAAUAUCGAUUGAAUGUGUAAAUUAGUAAUUCUUCGAGGAUUGUGAUAAUUUAAUGGCGGAGCUGCAUUUGUUAGGUGAUAUACAGGGUGUUACAAAUUUUGAAGAUUGCUCUUCAUUGUUUUGUAGAUUUUCGUUUCAAGCUGGUCCGAACUGGACGUUAAUCGCCGGAUGUUCGGAGGGUCAAACCACUUCAGGGAAGCCGAAUCAUGAUAAUUACGUUUUUUGGUCUCAUCCUAUCGACGUUCACUACGCAACUAAAGGAAUCUCAGGUUGGCCAAAAAUUAAUUUUCAAGUGAGUUGUUUGGAUUCUUUGGGACGUUCUUGGAUAGUUGGAUACGGAUGUUGCAGUAUACCGACUGCUCCAGGGAAUUAUGCAGUAAAGGUGCCGUGCUGGUCGCCUGCACCUACCACCAUCACUGACAGACUUCGACAGUAUUUCCUCGGAGGAUCACAUCAAAUCACACAAACUGAUGUCAUUAGUUUAGGAGUCGAUAGGUAUAAGUUAACUACUCAAUCAAAAGGCAAUAUAGAAUUAAAUAUAGACAUUAUAUUUAGAAAUUUCACACAAUUCGGUGUAGAAUAUAAGUAAAAAAUGAGACCACUGACAUAUUUCG